AUGAUGGAUCUAUCUACGGCAAAUGGCCUGCCGGGCAAUGCAAACGGAGGCACACAACAUGGCAAGGGUACGGCGGCGACAAGUGUGGAACGCGCAAUUAUUGAGCACACAAGCAAUGAAAUAGGCACUCCGCAAAGUCAACGGCGGCCGGAGCGCCAGACAAGCACUGCUAGCAAAUACAAGGAGAAGCAGCCGCAUUCUCGCUCGUCAUCGAAGACCCAAGACAACUCCAAUCGGACGGUUGGCGACUUGGCCCUGCAUCACUUGUUCAAUUCUUUUGUUGGACAAGCCGAUCAAAAAAUUAACCAAUGCCUCAGUGACAGCCAUGGCGGCGAGCCCAACGUCGAGUCCAUUUGUGGGCCCGGCGUCGACCCUGCUUUCGACCAGCUCAUGAAUGCCCUUGGCCAUAUCUCGCGCCAGAAGCCAAAACCUCUUAUCGACACACUCAUGUUUUGGCGCAAGGCAAAAAGUGAGACAGCUGCCAGGAAGAGAGAUGAAUUGAAUACAAUAGUGGCGAUGCCACGGCCGUCCAACGGCUCCCUCUCAAGACGCCCACUGGAUCCUCCACAACCCUAUGUGGAUCAUGCCCCUACAAACGCGACCCUCGCACUCCAACAGACUGUCAUCGAAGCGGAGCGCAAGUCGACGGUUUCUAUCUAUCUGCUUUGUAGACUACUCAUGGAAAUCAUCGGCCAAAGUUCCCUCGAGUACCUCACAGUUGACAUGUCCGAGAGACUUGAAGAUAUCAUUUACUCGCAGUUGAAAGGCGCUGAGCCGGAUUCAUUGGAAGCAUCGCCAAUGAAGACUGCUAAUUGGAGUAUCUUCGGACAGCUUCUCGGCGUCAUGAGUGACAUCAACUUCGACAGCGUUGCCAAGAGAUUCGUCCAGGAUCUAAAGGAAUGCCAAAAACACUUGGGUAUAAAGGGCCAAGCAAGCAGAGACGUCGAGUCAAAAGCCGUGUUAAUCAUAAGAGGAAUGAAAUAUCUGCGGCUCAAAUUCAGCCCCGAAGGUGCCUGGGCCCGCUCCUGCGAUCUACUUCAGUCGCUGGCAAACCUUUUCGCCGCAGUUCAUGGCCAGCCAGUCAAAUACGCGUACUGCUAUCUUUUCGAAGAGCUUUUCCUUCCGAUAGCGGCGAAUGCUACAUCGGAGCUAAAUCUCCCGAAGUGGAAAGCUGUCGUUGACACUAUCAAGCCGCGGGUCAACCAGAUGUUAAGCAAGCCAAAACAUUGGCAGGUUGCACACGCAUUGAUAACUGUUCUGACAUGCGCAUCACCAACGGAAGUUUUUGCUUCACAAUGGCUGAGCUUGACUACCUCUUUGGCCCCGAGGCUCAAAGAACGCGCAACCCGUCCGUACGCCCUUCGGAACAUUGCUCGAUUGGUAUGGACCUAUCUAUACAGGAUAGCAGAGCCGCACAAUACAAGCAUACGAAAGCUCGAAGAGGUCAUCCGUCUGGUGUUCCAGCCAGGCAGGAGAUCAUACUUGUCUACAGAAUCGACCGUUGCAGAACCGCUGAUCCAAUUGAUACGAUUCAUUGGAUUUAAAUAUCAAGACCUCUGCUUUCGUAAUAUCAUUUUCCCCUUGAUGAACUCGGAGCAAUUUGGGGCUGGUAAAGAGCUGAAGGUUGAAAGCCUUGAGCCAGAGAGAAUGGUGAUUGGAAUCCGAGCAUUCCUCGCCGUCAUGGGAGAUUUGGAGAAGGGAGAACAUCCGCCGUUUCCCGUUGCAUUCUCCAACGACGAGCUCUUGCAACCGUUUGAAAUGCUCCCUUCCGCACCUCUUAGCCCGCGGCCUUCGCCGCGGCCCUCAACGACUUCCCCCUUGCAAAAAGCUGUCACAAUCAAAGAAGAAAGGCUCUCAAGGCCAGUCAUGAUCGCAGAUUUUCCUGAAAACGCGAAAGAAUUCUACACAAGAUUCUGCAAAAUCCUCGGGGAGAUCACUAUCAUCUGCGACAACGCCUUCGGCGGACAAGCCGUUCUGGACGAGAAAUUCUCUACACAAACGCCCAAGACGCCCAUGGCAGAGGCAUUUAGCUUCGGACGACGCGAAGAUCACUUGGGCUCAACCGAUACACGGCAAGGCUUUUAUGAUCUACUACAUGUCGCAGUACAAGCACUACCGAGGUGUUUGUCUCCACAUAUUAAUUUCAACCACCUGAUUAACCUUCUCUGCACUGGAACUGCACAUGUUCAAAGUAGCAUCGCAGCAUCUUCUGCACAGUCAUUGAAGUCCAUCGCAAGGCAAUCUCAUGCGCAGCAGGUAACCAUUGGCUUCGCGAGAUUCAUUUUCAACUUUGAAGAUCGUUAUGCUACGAUGUCUGACGGAGGAAUGCUCGGGCCUGGCCAUAUCGAGAGUACGCUGAGGCUUUAUGUCCAGCUUUUGGAAAUCUGGAUUGAAGAAAUCAAGAAAAAGACGCAAAAGAUUUCUUCCGAACCUGUAGAAGGGGACGUAGCCGAUCACCGUGCUGCGCAGUUGGGACUAGCCGGAGUUGAUGCCUACGUUGAUGAGAUCGAAUCACAUGGGCUGUUCUUCCUUUGCUCACCAUCAAGACGGGUGCGGACCUUCGCCGUUACGGUACUUCGCCUAGUCACUGAGUUUGAUACCGCACUCGGCAAGGAGAGCAGCAGAGUGAUUCGGAUUUUGGAGGGAAGCCCUCAAGACGUCAUGGACGUCAAUGACGAAAAGCUCACCGUGGCUGAGAGAAGUCGACUUCAACGAGGCAUGAGGAAGAGCAACGUGCAAAGUACGUUGGUGGAACUAUGCGGCAGUGACGCUCCAUAUGAUUCAACCCUUUGGUUCAAGAUGUUCCCGAACCUUAUUAAGCUCGCAUUUGAGCUUUGCCCUUUUGCCAUUGCCCACACCAGGAACAAUGUCUGCGGACGCCUAUUGCAAAUGCAGCGGACUGUUUCAUCGUUGGCAGAGGGACCGCGUCAUAGCCCGUAUUCUUCCUUCGAUAUGACUGCAAACAAAACAGCCGGUCGAUUUGCAAGCACAACGCCAGAUUUAAUGAUCGAGCAGUGGAAGCUGUAUUUGAUCUUUGCUUGCACCACGCUCACUAAUGCCCGUGCUCAACAGUCUUCUGCAGCUACCCCGCAGCCAACCCCGGCUCAUUCCAGGAAAGGCUCUAAAUCAUCUCAACAUUCGAAAACUUCUCAGAUCAAGGUCCAUUCCGCUGAUACACUCUUUGAGCGUGUGAUUCCUUUUCUGUACAUGGACAAUCCUGCAAUCAGAGACGCCGCUGUCACUGGUCUCGGAUCCAUCAAUUCAAAUCUCUAUCGAGUUCUCUUGGAAUCUUUGCAGGGAUUUGUGGCGAAGUGCAAUGAUGAGGCGAAAUCUCGUCUUGCCAUGCAUCAACGAACAGCCAGCAGUCCAAGAAGGAAUCGUCGCAUCGACUAUCUCAGGACAGAAAUCACUCAGGUUUACAAGCUUACAUCUCAUUUCCUGAAGGAUUCGGAGGUGCUCAAGGAUGAAUGGAUUCUCAAUAACCUCGUCAAUUACACGAAGGAUCUCCGGUUAUUCUUGAACGAUCAGGAGGUACAGAAUGAGUGGGAUUUUCACAAGUUGAGAACGCAUUACUGUGGCCUUAUUGAAGAGUUGUUUGAGGGGAUCAACCGUACUAAAGACCCGAUUCGUUGGAUACCCUUCCAGGCGAGAAAAGCUGCCUUUGCAUUGAUGGAAGAUUGGUGCGGAUACUCUCCAAAUCAAUCCCAGAUCCAGCAAAGAGAAAACACAAUGCGACGUUCAAUCCUCGAUCGCGAGCAUGAUAUUGGGCACAAGACGUUCGCAACUGCCGCCAUGGAGAUCGAAAAGAAGGAAUUGCGAACUGCAGCGUUGAGUGCCAUGGCAGCAUUAUGCGGAGGGCCUAUUCGUAUCACUACCGACAGUGGCGUCAGCUUGCAAUUUGACAUCCGCCGUAUGUUGUCAUGGAUUGACACCAUAUUUGAAACCCCCAGUGAUAAGACACACGCCAUUGGCCGUCGAGCACUGAGAAACCUGAUAAUGCACAACAGAGCGCAUCCGUAUCUUCUUGAGCGUUCCAUCGAGAUGUGCUACUUGGCAAGAUCCCCUAAAGCUCUGGAAAGCUAUUUCGAAGUUGUCUCGCAGGUUCUCACCGAGAGUGAAGACGUUUUGUUACCAUUUUACAAAGUCCUUGGAGCAGGAUUGUACACGCUCGGCAAUGAAAACAAUCAUAUCCGAAUGAAAUCUGCACGCAUUUUACGGACACUGGAGGAAAGGCAACAAAAAAGCUCCAAACUUCAGGAUCUGGACAUCAGUAUUUCAGACAAAACGAUCGCAGUUUACAAGACCGCUCAGUUCGAGAUGUCCCGGAGAAUGGCUAAAUCACAUGCCGAACUGGCUUUCCACGUCUUCUCGGAGUUCUGCAUGUACUUCAAGGAUUUGGUACCGGACCAGCAACGUAAUAUGGUAGCGGCAAUGCUUCCUUGGAUUCAGACCAUUGAGCUUCAACUUGACCCAAAUGGUGGCCCUACAGGUAGCUCGUAUAUGCUUCUGGUCAAUCUUUUCGAAAUCACGGUCCGCUGUGGAACACUUCUGCACAACGAGAUGCAAGCCAUGUGGCAAGCAUUGGCCACGGGACCGCAUGCCGGUAACGUCCAGCUGGUUCUCGACUUCAUUAUUUCUCUGUGUCUGGAAAAGCGAGAGCAGAACUUUGUGGAUUACGCUAAGCAGAUCGUUGUUUAUCUGUCCAAUACACCGGCUGGAUCCAAGGUCGUUGAGUUCUUAUUACUGAAGAUAACUCCAAGGGCUAUGGCGCCUGAGAAACGCGAGCCGUUUCAGAUCCCUGCAGACGUUACGAUAUUCCCGUACAUCGCAGAUUUGAACCUUGCGUUGCCAUCGAGUGGCAAGCAGUCUGGGUUUUCACUUGGCCAGCUGUGUAUGAUCCUCUUAGUUGACCUCAUGGUCUCACCGCUUCAACUUUCCGAGCAAAGUGUACCUUUGCUGCUGCAAGCUGUAUUGAUACUUUGGGAUCAUUACACCCCCGUCGUCCAAGAUCAAGCUCGAGAAAUGCUCGUACAUCUUAUCCAUGAGCUUGUGAUUUCACAGAUUGACGGGAGCACAAUACCGGACAAGCCAUACAUCGAGGAUUUCAUCGAGUCUAUUCGACAACAUAGCCCCAAAGUCGUCUGGUCGUAUGACGAUGCUAACGGAAAGCUGGACGAGGACAUGUGCUACCGUGUCCCAGAAGCCAUGGGGUACGUUGCGACGGAAGUUCUCAAAGUCUUCAAAGUUACCUACCCUCAUAUUCGUGAGGAAUGGGGCAGGACAACCCUCAGUUGGGCGACCAAUUGCCCUGUGCGUCACUUAGCCUGUCGCUCAUUCCAGCUAUUCCGUUGCGUUCUCAGCUCUCUUGACCUAAACAUGCUUGGCGACAUGUUGGCAAGAUUGUCUAAUACCAUUUCUGAUGAAGACAGUGAGAUCUUGACAUUUUCGAUGGAAAUCCUCACAACACUCAAGACAAUCAUCGAGGCCCUUUGUCGAGAAGACCUUAUCAACUAUCCGCAGCUGUUUUGGACGACAUGUGCUUGUCUACAAACUGUCCAUGAGGCGGAGUUCAUGGAGAGCUUAGCCAUGCUGGAUGCUCUACUCGACAAGCUUGAUCUUGGUGAUCCAGCAGUGAUCAAAUUGCUAAACGACAGCACCCCAGAGCAAUGGGAGGGGGCAUUCGAAGGGCUAGCGGAGCUCGUCUACAAGGGCGUCAAGUCAAGCACAUGCUACGACCGUACAGUGCGUAUCCUGGAGAAGCUAGCUGCUUUACCAUCUUGCGACUUGGUGGGACCCGACAGUGUUCUUCUCUUCACGGUCCUUGCCAACCUUCCGCGGUACCUCAAGUCGUUCGACGAAGAUACCGGCGAUACCGCAGUCUCAGCUUCAGCGGGUAACUUGGCCAACAUAGCGGCUUGCAAAGGCUAUAGGGACAUUGCAGCGACACUUGAAGAUUUUUCAAAUGGUCGCUAUGACUCUGAUGACUUUUUGAAUCAGGUCGUCUCAGCUGCCAAGGCAUCAUUCUUCCCAGAAGAGGCACCGAAAACUUUGAUCUUCCUCAUGGGAUUUCUCCUCAACAAAAACUCUUGGGUCAAACUCAAAACCAUGCAAGCCUUACGCAUCGUUAUCAAAGACGUUGACUUGCUCAAACCCGAGAUGAGCUCAAAAGGAGCCGACUUGAUCUCGCCUCUUCUGAGAUUACUGCAGACGGAAUAUUGCACACAAGCUCUCCAGGUCCUUGAUACCGUCUUAGCUACUAAAAUGCUUGGUCCACACCAUCCUUUGGACCGCCAUCAUCUGAGGAUGAGCAUGGCGGGUUCGCAUUCCAGCAGGGCAUUCCGCAAGGAGUACGAGCGGACGCAGAGUCUGUACGGAAUACCAGAAGAGAGCGGCUGGUCUGUCCCUAUGCCUGCUGUGCAUUCGGCACAGACUAGGCAAAACGUCCACGCCGUAUUCUGGACUACCGUCAACGAGGAGACAUCUUCUGUAGCAGAAGUAUCGACGCCUAACAUCGAGUUCCGAGCGGAUGACUAUGCUGCCUCGUAUGGAUCCUACUUCCCUGCCGAUGAUAGGACGGUUACAAUGACUUCUGAGGAUACGCGAGGAGAUGGUCAUAUCGGAGAAUUGGUCAUGACGCUUGACAGCCUAGAUGACUUCUUCGAGGAAGAAGAUACCGUCAUUGACUUUGAUGCGCAUGACUCGGUCUCCAGGAAUCCCGCUCACAUGCGCUUCCCACACAAUGGACUUGAAGUGCGGGAGACCCUCUACGAUCAGCAAACAGCACCCCUUCUUCAUAAAUCUCUUACACGCAACGCUAGCGUUACGUCCUUCCAGACCGGUUUUACAGACAUAAAAUACACGCCUACUCGCGAUCAUGGCGUCAUGACGCCUACCGCUUUUGCUUCACCCGUCGCGCCCACUUCCGCCCCGACGUCUGCGCCAACUUCUGCUCCUAGUUCGAUGGCUGGCGGUCUGUCUCUUCCGUUGACUAGACCAGGUAUGCACUCACGUUCUGUCACCUCACCUGUCGUGAAUCCACAGCAACGUUCACCGCCGGGAUCAACGCCCGCGUCUACACCUGGCAGUCACAGUGGUCAUAGUGGGCCAGGCCCUGUCAUUGAUGAGUAUGAAGAGAACUUCUCAGAUGACGAUUUGAGCCUAGGCCGCAAUCCGAGCAACGACAGGCAAUUCGGCCUCGAAAGCGUGCUGAAACCCUUCUCACAAUCACGGAGCGGGCUUGGGCUGAGGAACGGGAUGAGGAGGCUUACAGGAGGCGAUAGGGAGAAAGAGAGAAGGAGAGAGGAGAUUAGGCAAGCAUUGCAGCGCAGCCCUGGACCAAGAGUGCCGAGGGUGCCGGAAUCAUAUCGCCCGGGGAAGAACAAGAAUCCCAGAAGUGCUGAGCCUUGA